AUGUUCCUGCUUUUGGACACCCCUACUCCAGAGGGUGACGAGGAGCUUGCCAGCCACGUUACCUAUGUCCACAUGCACAACAAGCACCCCGAAACCGAAGACUCUGGAGUGAUGUUUAGCCCACAUGAGGUCCGACAGUAUAUCGCCAAGGCACGCAGCUUCCGACCUGUUGUGCCUUCCAGCGUCUCUGACUACAUGGUCGGCGCAUAUGUUGCGAUGCGCAAGAGACAAAAGAAGGAUGAAGCCAACAAGAAGCAAUUCUCUCACGUUACCCCUCGUACUCUCCUGGGUAUCAUUCGUCUCUCGCAAGCAUUGGCUCGUCUUCGCUUCAGCGAGGAGGUUGUUCGCGAGGAUGUUGACGAGGCUCUGCGUCUCAUCGAGGUCAGCAAGGCCUCUCUGUCCAACGAUGGCGAAUCCGGUGCCGACUACACCCCCAGCAGCAAGAUCUACAAGCUGAUCGGUAGCCUGCGGGAGAGCGGUGCCGCUGCAAUGGGAGAUGGUGACGACAGUGAGAUGAGUGUCAGACGUAUUCGUGAGCGUGUGUUGGCCAAGGGCUUUACCGAUGACCAACUUACCACCACCCUCCACGAAUAUGCCGAACUUGGCGUCUGGCUUAUCACCGGCGAGGGCUCGCGUCUUAUGUUUGUCGAGGGCGACGACGAGAUGGUUGCCUAA